ACACAUUGAUACAAUACGUGUUCAACAGAUUGGAAUGUUUAUUUUUCACAAAAGUUUAUCAGAGGAGUGACAUAGAUUUUAACAAAAGAUGUGAAAUAUGAAAUAGUUGUUUAUAAACAGUUGAAAAAUGGCUUCAAGUUUUGGUGUUCAACUGAAGAAGGCAGAUGGCUCUGCCGGUUUGAGCCCCGGUAAGGGUGGCUCGCGUACGCCAGGAGGUGCAAGGAGAUCUGACUUCAGAACUCAGCCAGUAUCAGAUCUGAAAGCAAUGUUUGAUAAACAGGAUGAAUCAGCAUCUGGGAAGAAAACUGUAUCAACUACUGUAACUUCCACGCAAAAAACAGCAGCCACAAAAACGGGACUGUCUAAUUUGAAAUCUAACACAAAAACAACAUUGACAGUUACGACAUCUAAAACAAAUCAGUUAAAGGAUGGCGACAUCCAGGCAUUUGAUGCUUUAAAAAGUGAACUGAAUAAAACAGGAAUUGAAAAACUUUUAGAGGAUGAAAAGCCCAAUGUGGCAGUAGCUAAAACCUACAGUGGCGGAAAGUCUUAUCAAGCUACUGUAGGAUCGAAAAAGGUUCAUUCGGCAAAUGAUGAUUCUUCGAGUGGUGUCGUCUCAAAAUCUAGUGCAGCGUCAGUGUUAUCAUUUGGAUUAACAAAAUUAAGAACUCGGCCUGGUAGCUUAAAAGGUGAUGAAGAAAAACUGCCAAGAAGUAAUUCAGUUGAGGAAGAAGCAGAGAAAGGGGCGAGUUCACCUCGCUCUCCUGCGUUAAGACCUGACUCCCCAGGUUCUCGUGAAUUAAAAGACAAUAAAUAUAUUCCUGGUGUGGCAAAAGGCUGGAAGGCAAACAAUAAUGAAACAAAGGAAAAAGAUAAAGCUGGGAAGUUUAAUGACAGUUCUAUUGGUAAAGUGCGAGGUGAAGUGAAACAGGAAAAUAUUGUUAAAGGUUUUAGAUCAGUAAGUCCUGUAAAUUUUGCUGUCAACUCAAGUGAUGAUUCCUCAAGUAGCAGUAAUUUGAGUCCAAGAGGAUAUAGGUCAAAUGUUAAAAAAACUGAAGAGAAAAAAACUGAUGUUAAUGAAAAUAUAAAAAAAUUUGAAUCUUCAAAAUCAGACUCCAAUUUGUUGAAAUUGGAGAAAAAUGAGAAUCAAACAAAAGUAACAAAAAAUAAAACUGAAGUCUCAGAUACCAAAAUGCUUAUUUCAAAAACUAAUUCUUCAUCAAAACUGUCAGCUGUUGAACAGCUUGCUCGUGAUAAAGAAAAGGUCAAGGUCAGGUUAAACCGAAAUUCUGGCUCAUUUAGCAGUGAUUCUGAUAAAGGUAGGAGGUCACCGAAGGUUAAAGGUGAUAUGAAGUGGUUAGAGAAAGGUAGAAUUUCAUUAGAGGAAUUUAAGGAACAAACUAAGGUCAAAGGUGAAGGUCAUAGACCAUUAAGUAGAGCAUCAAGUUCUGGUUCAAAUUCUUCAUAUAAACAAUCUGAAGGCAAAGCCAUUCAGUCUAAAAUUGAAAGAUUUGCCUCUCCAGAGCCUCCAAAGAAUACUCAGAAAAGUGGGUUAGGUGUAUCUGAACUGAAGAGAAAAGAGUUUGCAGUGUCGAAACGAAUUAGUACUGACAAGUUUCAAGACAUUAAGAAAGGUUUUGAAACACAGACUGUGUCAAGUAGGGCUAUGUCACCAUCAGCUGAAAGAAAGCCAAAGAUUGAUUUAAAACAAAAAGUAUUAGAAAGGAAACAGUCAUUUGAAGAGGGUGUUAUGUUUAGGCCAAAGUCAAGUGAAAACAAAGAAAUAAUCUCACCCAGAGACAGAGGAAAUGUUUUAAAAACUGUCCAAGCUCUGAAAGAACUUGAUGCAAAAGCAAAGAAACAACCGACCAUAGUGCGGCGAACGAAAUCUCUUCCAAUUGAAAGUAUGGCUGAUGACACGUCUUCUAUUGAAUAUGAGGAUAUUGGGGAAGGGCCUUAUUACCAUGACAUUGUGGGUAUUAAGUUAGCAGACGACAUAUCAAAUGAAGGAGAUAUCAGUAGCGAGGCUGACCUUUAUGAAGAAAUACCGGCAAACAUGUCAAUAGAUGAUUUAGAGGCUAAGAAAGAGUACAAAGCCAGAAGAUUUACAGCUUUUAAGAAGAAAAGAAAAGGCAGCGAAGAACAGACAAAGCCAGAAGAAAUACAGGCUGGUACAGAAGGUGAUAUAGACAGCGAUUCAGACAGUAGUGGUAUCUAUGAACAUGUUGAUCAUGAUGAAAACGAGGAGCAACCUGUAAGCGAGUCAGACAGUCUAGAUCAGGAAUCGCCGCCAGAAUUACCACCAGCUAGGACACAAAAUAAUAAGAAAAAGAAAAACAAGGAGGAAAAGACUACUAAAGGAUUGAAAGGAAAAUUCCGUAAAUUGUAUACUAAGAGUGGAACUGUCGGAAAGUCAAGUGGGCAGGCUGUUGCCACUACAAACCAAUCAGCUGGAAUAAUGAGUACUUUAGGUGAUAAGUUUAAAAACUUGAAAAAGACAAAAUCUAGUUCUGGAACAAAUCUGGAAGCAUUAAACAAGGAAGAAAAUCCUGUAUGUGAAAGUGAAGGAACAGACACUGAUGUUGACCCUGAACAGUUGCAAUCAGGUCAGGGUACUCCGCCACCACUUCCACCACGUCAGAGCGGUCUGUAUAGGGCGUCCAGUGGUAGUGAAAUGACAAAACUUAACAAUACUGUGGAAGUACCAAGUCGUCCAAGUGCUAAUCAGACAGAAUAUAUAAAUAACAAACUGAGUAGUUCAAGUUUAGAAAGUAAGACAGAUCCACCACUGCCACCACGUAAUCGUAUAUCCAACAACCUGGACCUGAAUGUUGUUGUUCCUGUCACACCGGGAGGCGGUAUAGGAAAGAGCAACUGGCCACCUGGCAAGGACAGCUAUCUCCAUGGACAGAAGAUGAACAAUGCUUCUAAAUCCCCGGAUAUGCCAUAUAUAGACCAGACACCAAGCCCACAGUCCACACCCUCACCUGGAGAUGCCCCGCCAUUACCACAACGGCCAGUUUCAGCAGGAAAAAAACCACCAUAUGCCCCUUCACUGAGUACUGAAAGUUAUGUUGAUGUUGGUGAGUACAUGCAGCCUGCACCAGCGAGACCACCGAAAUCUCCACGUGCUAGCCCUCAGGCCCUAGGUAUGUUGAAUCAAUCCAUGUUACCAGUUCUGUUGAGGAGAAAUGCCUUUGUCUGCAGUAGUACCUGGAGGAGUGCCCAAGAGGCAAGUUACGUUGAUGUAGAGGACGAGCCACUACCAGACACAAACUACUCCCUUGCAGAUGAGAUCAGACCUGGUGUAGCCGGGAGGAAAGAGUUAGAGAAAAGACCAGUCUCUUCGGCGUACAUUAAACCACAUGACCUGGCAACAGUGCCGGAAGUCCAGAAAAAGAAACCUCCUGUUGAUGACGUCCUAAAACUAGUCAGCAAAUAUGAAGAAGACGGGAUAUACAUAGAUCUGUCGUCGGGGCAGUUUGUACGUCGCUCAGAACUGCAGGAAAAUCUGAAAGAGCGAGGAAUGUACUGUCAGCCUCCGACGUGUUCAGAAAGUGAUGACCAGGUGUAUGGUACUGCAGGUGGCAGGUACAAGUCCCAGCUAGGGUCCGAGUCCCUGUACCAGUUCUACAAUAAAGCUAAGAUAUCCAGGGCAAGCAAGAGAAAAGCAAUAUAUUCUAGUUUUGAUGAAUCAGAUGAGGAAGGGUACUAUGAUGAAGAUGGGGACAAAGAAAGUGUGUAUGAAGAUCUGUCUGAGUAUAGUUCAGGGCGUGGAAGUCUCGAUAUGGAUAGAAAACCAGAAGAGGACUCAAAAGCCAAGAAAAUAUCAACACUGGAAAUGUUUGGCAAGAAAGGCACUGUUCUCAGAACCCUGUGGGCAGAAAUGCCAGAGGUUAAAUCCAGUGGUGUGUUAGACACAAUAACUCCUCAUGAGAAGAAGUUGCAAGAAUCGAUGUUUGAGAUCAUCACAUCUGAAGCAACAUACCUCAAGAGUUUAAAUGUUCUCAUAGAUGUGUUCCUAAUGUCGGAUGAGCUAGGUUCGGAUUUGUCAAACAAAUGUGUGAUCACACGACAAGAACGACAUGUGAUCUUCUCAAAUAUUGGUGCCAUACGAGAUACUAGUGAGAGAUUUUUAUCAGCGCUGGAGUCUCGGUGGAAAGAAUCUGUACUUUUAUCUGAUGUCUGUGAUAUUAUAACUGAGCAUUCCUCCAAAUACUUUGAGUGUUAUGUACAUUACUGUAGCAACCAAGCAUUCCAGGACAGAGCCGUUACAGAUUUAAAGAAAAAGCCUGAGUUUGCUGAAGCAUUGAAGAGGUUAGAAAGCCAUCCAGAUUGCCAGGGAUUGCCGAUGAUCUCAUUCUUACUAUUACCCAUGCAGAGAAUUACCCGUCUUCCACUCCUAGUAGAUGCUAUCUGUCACAGGAUGGACCCUAUCAAAGACAAAGAGAGACACAAAUCUGCUAUCAAUGCAUUUAAUGCUCAAAGCAAAGUUGUAAAGAAAUGUAAUGAUGGUGCUAAAAAGAUGCAACAGACAGAACAAAUGUAUCAUAUAGCAAAACAGAUAGACUUUCCUGCAAAUAAGGAAAUUGCUCAGAUACCCCUCAUAUCAUCUUCACGUUACCUUGUAAAACAAGGGGAGGUAACAAAGAUUGCGAAUGACCAAGCCAGUCGUCUUCCCUUCGGCAAAGCUAGAGCUGGAAAACAGACCUUACAUAUCUACCUAUUUAAUGAUAUGAUAUUAAUCACGAAGAAAAAAGGUGAUAGAUAUAUUGUUACCGACUAUGGUCAACGCAUCACAUUACAUAUCGAAUUGAUAGACAACCCAGAGAAGAAUGCAAGAGUUCUUCCCCUUGGUGUACCAAGUGGCUGCAAACAUCUGUUCCUUCUUGUUAUACUAGAGAACCAUGAGAAAAAACAAGUGGAGACAGUGUUUGCCUGUAAUUCAAUGAGUGACAGAGCUCGCUGGGUAGAUGCCGUGACACCUGUUAAAGUAACUGACGACCAGAAAAUAUAUGAAGAAUGGGAUUGUCCACAAGUACAGUGUAUAAAGCCGUAUACAGCACAAGAACCAGAUGAACUUACCCUAGACGAAUCAGAUGUUGUCAAUGUCUUCAAGAAGCUUGAAGAUGGUAUGUAUGAGGGAGAGAGACUACGAGAUGGUGAAAGGGGCUGGUUCCCCAAGGAUCACACUGUUGAGAUUGUCAACUCUCAUGUACGUGCACGAAAUCUCCGCAUGAAAUACCGGUUAAUGUCAGCAUCACAAGAUUACGGCAGCUAGCACAGGACAUAGACAGUUGUACAGAGACAACAGCUCAUCUGUUAAAUUGUAAUAGACUGGCGCCUGUCUCUUAAGAGGCUCCAAGAUA